GGAUUUCAUUCUCAGUUUCAACCUUUUAUAGGUUUUCAUGGCAUCCGACAAACCUCAGCAAGUCGUCGACUAUUCGGCGAUGCUGCCAAGCAGCAUAUACGAUGUUUUCAAGGAGAGCUAUAAAGAGUUCACUGAUGUUCAAACUCGAGCAGGGCAAGAAUUUCUCAGCCACCACGAUGUUGUGGUGGAGUCACCUACAGGAUCAGGAAAAACUCUCGCAUAUCUAUUGCCUACUUUUGCCAUUCUCAGCAAAAGAGGAGCGUAUGGCAAACACGAAUUCGGUGCCGUGAUCCUUUCACCAUCGCGCGAACUUUCGUCACAAAUAGCUACUGUGGCUGCUCCUUAUGCCGAAAAGCUAGGAUAUUCCAUAGCAGUGACAGUGGGAGGAACAAAGAUAGAGCAAAAUUUAAAGAAAUUGAAGAAUCAUGGUGGAAAUAUACUAGUUGCUACUCCGGGCCGUCUGUUCCAGCUUUUGUCUUUGGAUAAGGAUGGACGCUUGAAAAGAUCCCUCAGAACUGUAGAGGUGUUGAUAGUGGACGAAGCUGAUCGUUUUCAAGAAACGCAGUUUGAAAUGCAUUUCAAGGAAAUACUCCAGUCCUUGCCCAAGCAACGGCGUACUGGUCUGUUCUCAGCAACGCAAGCAAAGGAGAUAGAUGAUCUUACCAUGUUUGGAUUGAGAAAUAAGAAAAUAAUCAAAAUAAAGGAGUCAACCGACCUAGUCUCACCUUCGACAUUGAGCAAUUUUUAUACCGUAUGCGAGGCAGCAGAAAAGUUGAUAUGCACUGUCGAGUUCGUGCGCAACAAACCAGACAAGAAAAUCCUAGUGUUCUUCCCUUCUUGCGGUGGAGUCAUUUAUUUUCACAAGAUUUUGUCGAGAGUACUUACAAAGCGACCAUUAUAUGCAGUACAUGGGCAUAGUUCGACGAGUGAGCGCUCUAAGCAGAUUGAAGACUUCCGUAAAAGCGAUAAUGGUGUGAUGUUAUCAACUGAUGUUAUGUCCCGAGGAAUAGACAUUCAAGAUAUCGACUGGGUCCUCCAGUUUGAGAUUCCAAAAUUGUCAAGCUGGUUCGUGCAUCGGUCAGGACGAACCGCUCGUUGUGGUAGGGAUGGCAAUGCUUUGCUAGUGAUUACCCCUCAACAGACAGCCUACAUCGAUUAUCUACGGAAGCACGAACAAGUAGAACUGAAGCAGCUUUCCGUACCCACCAGCAAUGCAUCGAAAGCAGAACAGCUAAGAGAGAAAAUUGCGAAGAUUUUAUGUUCGGACCGAGAGGUUAUGGAAGCAGGAUCGCGAGCCUUUGUUUCUCACAUUGAAAGUUACGUCAAACACGAUUGUAAUAUAGUAUGUGGACUCAAAGAUUUGGACGUUGCCGGAUUGGCACAUGCCUACGGCCUUUUGCGGCUGCCGAAAAUGCGAGAGCUAAGUGGCCGGAAGGAUUUGGACAGUUUCAAGAGAAGCGAUAUUGACACGUCAACGAUAAAAUACGCCAACCCCGCUCUGGAGAAAAAACGAACUGAGAUAAUGGCGGAAAAACACGAAAAAAGAUUGAAAGCGAUGAAAGAAUUUCUGGCUAAGAAGUCAAUGAAUAAAGGGAAGGAUGGCAAGAUAAUUAAGAAAGAUGGCAAAGCGCAGAAUGGAAAGAGCAAGAACUCGAAACCACUAAAAAGGAAAAUAGAGCAGAAUGAUGCUGAAGAGAAGGACGAUUUGGAAAAUGACAUGAAGCUCAUGAAGAAGAUCAAGAAAGGAAGAUUAAGUAAAAAAGAACUUCGGAAUGUGUUGUAACCAUCUUUGCUAUGUAUAAUUCAAAAUUAUCGUGUCAAAUGUUGUUGAAGCUUGAUUGUUGAUUUUGUGCAUUGAUUUGCAAAUUGUUGUUACUUGUUUGAGUAUAAAUACUAGUUACUUUUUGGGGUUGCGG